AUGUUAACCUUAUCAUUCUCAUCGAUCGGGGUAUUGUUUGCCAUGUUCUACCAUGCCCACAAUGUGCCGGUCAAUUAUGCUCUACUGGGACUCUGGACCAUCAUGCAGUCGUUGACUGUAUCAGCUAUAGGUAAGGGAACUGCUUUUAAUUUGGAAUGCAUGAUUGAGUACAAGAAGGUUAACAAGGAAGAGCACUUGGUUAUUGGUAUUAUAGUGAUAACAAAAUUUUUUAGUUACUUUUUAUGCAGCUGAAGUCGUGCUCCAAGCGAUGGUGGUCACUGCUGCUGUCGUGGUAUCUUUGUUCUGUUACACAUUACAGUCGAAACAUGACUUCCGUAAAGGCUAUGCUUUAAUGGGUACUAUUUCUAUGGUAUUCUUGGUGGGAUGCAUGUUACAGGUACAUUUUUACAUAUAUUAAUUUAAAAUUGUAAGGUAAAAUAGCUUAGAGUCUUCAUAUAUGCUCAUAUACGUUUAUUGCUUAUUUUGCAGAUUCUGUUGAUGUCCUCUUCGUUCAACUUCUUCAUGAGUAUCUUUGGUGCCAUUCUGUUCUCGGUAUACUUGGUGUUCGACAUUGACGCCGUGAUGCAUCAUCACUCAGAAGAAGAUUACAUUUUAGCGUGUAUCAGCAUCUAUCUGGACGUUAUCAACCUCUUUAUCACUAUUCUCCAGAUUCUGAACGAAGCCAACAGAAACUGA